AUGCCUAAGCAAAGGGGACUGCUGCCCGCCGACAGCGACGAGGAGGGUUCUGAUGGUGAAGAGUUGCGAAGUCGACAAUACAAAGUGAUUCUGAUCGGCAAUGGAGCGGUGGGGAAGACCUCCUUGGCUCACAGGUUCUGUGAUGGUGGUUUUAGUGCCUCCUACAAGCAGACCAUCGGCCUCGACUUCUUCGUAAAGCGGUUGGUAUUGCCGGGAGAUGUUAAUGUAUGCCUACAAGUGUGGGACAUUGGUGGGCAGAGCAUUGGUGGGAAGAUGAUCAGCAGGUACAUCUAUGGUUCGGAUGCAGUGAUUAUGGUGUAUGAUAUCACUAGCUAUCAGAGCUUUCAAGAUCUCAACGAUUGGCUGCAUCUUGUUUACGGGUGUCCAGAGCUCCUCUUUUCUAUUGAUAGGUUGCUAUUCCUAAUGGCUAACAAGGACGACCUUGAGCACAUGCGUAUGGUGAGCCGAGCCAAGCACAGUGUCUUCGCUCUGGAACGAGGCAUGAGUGGACACUUCCUCGUCUCGGCGAAGACUGGUGAUGAGGUCGCCACUGCAUUCUAUCAGAUAGCAGCGAAUCUGGCGGGGAUAACUCUGAAGGAACCGGAGAUCCAAGUCCAUCAGAAGGUAGUGAAGGCUGAGCUCGUCGAUUACCCUCAAGAUGACCCCCUUCAUGCUCAUGUAGUUGCCCCGAGGAUGGCUGCUCGAACGUCCAGUCGUCGAUCGCGGUGUACCGUUCAAUAG